AAAGAAAGUUUGUGCCACAUUCUGUGAGAAGCUCUCAAGAUAUGCCUACCCUUAAGAAUAGCUGGAAAAGACAGUUAGCUACUUGUCUGGUUGUCUGGCCUUAACAGACUUGAAGGGAAAGGCCUCAGGGUAACGAGUAGCAUGGUCACAGCUUACUAAGAUGUACUCAGAGCCACCUGCACUUCUUUCUUGGGGCUCCUCUACAUCCAUGCCUAUUCUGUCAAAUGGUGUGUCUAUGACAGCUAAUGGCUGAAGCUGAGCAUGGACCACUCCCCCUGGGUGAUGUUAGGUGACAUGUCUCACAUGAAGCCCAAAAGUCUUUGACAUUGGUGUACAUGCCUGGCCAGACAAACCUACUGUCAAUCCUAUUGAGUGAUUUUUGGAAUGCUAGGUGGCCUACCCAAGGAAUAGAAUGACCUAGCUCUAUCACUUUCUGUGUGAGGCUCAGUAGCAAAUCCAAGACCUCAACCUUGUCCUUAUGCUGGUACAGAAUGCCAUUUUGAACAACAUGCAUAGCCUCAGCUAAGCGGUCUGCCUUGCUCUGACUCACACCCUCAACCUCUGAGACCCUGUCAAACUAUGGCUUUAAUGUGGGGUCAGUUUGCUGUGCAGUGCUGCUAUGUCAGAGGGAAUGUAGAAAUCUAAAGGCUGGCUGGGCUCUGCUGAUUCUUCACAUUGAUCCCUGUCCGUAGCCAACCGCUUUUCCCUUCUUCACUGUGCACGGGGCUUUGGCAGUUUGAUUGGUCCUGACUCAAGUUUGGCAUGAAACAAAGGUAACUCCUCAAGGGUAUUCUUUGCUUUCUGACCUUUUGUCAUAGCAAUAUCACAUGCUGUUACUGCUGUUUGAAGACUUGGCUGAUCUUGUUGUUUAGGCUGCUCAAUUGAUGCCUGAUGUGCUUCCUGUCUCAUCUUGCCUGUUCUAUCAAGUCAAGCAGUGUGGGGACAUUGUGACCAAGAAAAACUGCAUAUGGCAACAUGGGCACUAAGGCUAUUGACAGGAGGUAAGUUUGACCACCACCCGUAAGAGAAACCUCAGCUGUGUGGUAUGGUAUGGUAUGGUAUGCCAUCACCAUGAACACAUCUGAUGUUGGAAGUAACCUCACUCCACAGUUCUCUGGGCUCUAACCUUGGCAGAACAGCAGACUGAAAACGACCAGAGUCUUGAAGGGCCUUCUCACACUGACCAUUCACUAAUGAUGGCGAAGUGAGUGCUUCUUCUUGAACUGGGGCUGGAUAAUUAUAUCCAGGAACUGAGCACAAAAGAAAGGGCUUACUCUGCCUAGUGGCAGGGCAUGAGUAUUGUGUGUGACUUAUCUCAUUACACUGAUAGCAACAUGUGUCCUGCCUAGAACUAGAAAAUAACUUCCCGCUGGUGUUUGGUUUACUAGGAGAGAAAUAUCUGGCCCCAGAAUGAGGUCUAACCUGAGCUUGAUCACCCCUUUCACAGCCAUUUGAUUUACUGCAUCCAGAGAAGCUGUCAUCUCGACCAAAGGGGUUCUUCUGGGCCCGGUUCUGGCUGACAGGACCACAGAGGCUUGAUACAACGCCCACAAACAGGUGUGAGGAGGACGGGGCAAGCUGUAGCACCAAGUGGACUGGGAUGACAUGGGAGUGGGACAUGAGGGACUGAGCAGCAGCAAUGGUAGAGGAAUGGAAGCUGUGGUAGGGACUACUGUAUGGAGGCCCGAAGAGGCUCUGUAGGGGAUUAAGCACGACUUUGCCCAAGGACCUUAGAGUGACUUCGUUUUUCUUCAUUAUUGGGACUUUAAGCAUAUCUUUUAACUCUGGGACUUCUGUUUUAUUUUUAUUUUUAUAUUUUAGUUUUUUCAUUUUCCGUGAAACAAUUCUAAAUCAAAUUAAAACUGCAUUCCAUUCUUUUUAACAGUGGGUAAAAACUUAUUGCUGGUGUACUUUUAAUCUUAGCUAGUGUGACACUUGGUCACACAGCUUCUUUCUACUACAACAUCUACUGCCAAGAAUCACCUGCUACUUAUGUUUACAGGUGAAGACCCAGAUGGAACUGCCUGGCACCACAGCUGCAAACCAUGUGCUCCAACAAACAAAGAAACAAACACAUCACAACAUAUACUGUAAUUUCUCAGACAUCGAGGAUGUGCAUAUGUUGAAGAAAACAUCCGUUGACACUGACUUGCUUAAUAAUAAUUUUAUUGCAAAGAACACAACAUCUGAUCAGGCACCAUGCUCUGCCCGAUGGAGAAUUCAAAGCCAAUAUGAACCUCCCAGAACAACAGUAUCCACCCGCUUAUAUAGCGUUGGUCACAUAUGAAGUCAUAACAUAUGGUUCCUGUUAAAGGACCACAAUAAAAACAAAGGGCCCCUUCAAUCAACCCCCUUGACUUUGUGGCACCCAAAGAGCCCCAUCGAUCAACUUCCUGGACAUUGGGACCCCUAUCUAAACACGGCAUUGAAUUCCUUCAACAGAAAAAACACAUUCCAUCCCAUUCUGAUAAGCAACACGUCUCAGGUCAGAUACUACAAUACCUCAAUAAAUGCUUUUAGAAAUUAAAGGGUGUAUUGGUUUCAUUUCAGUUUACUAUUUAACUGAUCUUUGGUAUCGGCAGUCCGUCGUUACACCCACACCAGAAAAUGGCAGUAGCCAUGGAGUUCACUUUGAAUGCUGAGAUUUAAUGUGGCAGAUACACCCCUAUGUGCAGCAAAGGUAGUGUAGUGCUACACGUGUUCUACCAGCUUUGUUGUCACAGCAUAGUACGACACAGGCAGAGCCAGAACAAACAUUUCUGAAUAAAUGAAAAAGAACUGAAUCAACAAAUCGAUUCUUCCUAUCUUACAUAAAUAUUCCACAAGGUCAAACUUCAUGGUGAUGCAGCAAUCAGUGCAUUCACUUCCUAGCUUGUGGUGGGUGGAUAAAGUACAACAACUGUGUCUCAGCUAAAUGAAGCUUCACCACACUGAAUUUACCUCCACAAAAUGUUGCAAGGAAAUCUAAUCAACUUCACUUAUUUAUUUAUUGGCUAUUUAUUUAUUAUAUUUAUUUCAGCUGAAGCAUUUCAUGUCAAGUCAGUGGUAACCUCAUCUAUUUAAAAAAUUGUCAAACAGAAAAACAAAAAAUGUUCAUUUCAAUUGCUUAUUAAACACUAAGCUGUGAUUUCAGCUCUCAGUCACAAAAUAAGAAACAAAAGAACAAUUAUUUAUUCAUUUAUUUUAUCUGCCUCUGUUUUUGUACAUUCCAUCCAUCCAGAGUCAGUUUGUAACAGCAGCAGGCUAAGCACAUCAUUCCAGAGCUUCCUUUUCCCAGUAUCCAGGCCAGAUAAAAUAUACAGUCCCUCUGGCAAGUUUCAGUUGUACCUCAGGGUCUCCUCUCAGUUUACAAUCCUUCAAAGGGAGUCACCCAGGAGGCAUCCUAAUUAGAUGCUGGAUCCAACCAAACUGAUUCCCUUUGAUGCAAAGGAGCAGCAACUCUAGUUUAAGUUCCUCACCCUAUCACUAAGUCCAGCCACCCUAUGGAGGAAACUCAUUUUAACUGCUUGUAGGUUUAUUUUGAUUUAUGAUAAAGUGGCAUGUGAAUUUCACCUUUGUGAAUAGCAAAAUACUUUAAUAAAAUAUUUUUAUUAGCUUAAUUGUAUUAAUUUGCUGCCUACAGACAAUGAAAGUCACAUAGAUAGCUAUUUACAGGUUAAGGAGGUGAUGUUUACAGUCUGCACUGAAUUGUAAUGAUUAGCUUGGUUGGCGAUGGUUAUCUUAGGAAUCAAUUGAAUGUCUAUAUUUAUUGAGGUUUUUUUUGGAAUUUAGUAUAGUGCACAGUGGAGAGAGAGACAGGAAACAUGGGGUAAAGAGUUCAAUCAUAGCAAUGUCUUUUGGGUCAAUUUAUCUCUAUUCUCAGGUAACCGGUUCCCAUUGCCGUAUUUCCAUUGAACAUACUUGAGCUUGUCUUUCUGUAAUUCCUCACUCCCCUCGUUGUUACAUCUUAGCCUCUGGAUUUAUAAUUGAUUAAUGUGAAGUGCUGUUGCUGGCAUCACAUUACUGACCUUUAGUUUAAAUAACAGAAAGCACAAUAUGGAAACAGAGGCUUUGUUGUCCUGGUCUGGAAGAAAUUUCAGGUGUAAAUUCACUGUAAAAAUUGUCUUUCAAAAAUUUGGCUUGCAACCCUAACUUCACACAUCUUUGAAAAAGAGCUGUGUCUAAAUGUUAAUUUUGCGGGCUUAACACUUGCUCACAGUGAAGGUCUACAAUAUAUACAAAUUUAUUUGAAAAGGUACAUAUAUUUUAAGAUUGUCAUUUCAAAUAUUUAUUAGCCAGUGCUAAUAGAGACUGCUGACUAAAUGAUAAGCUAUUUACAAAGAGAACUAGCAGCCACUGAAGAGGAGCUCAAAUUAUACCAACAAACAAGAUAAUCACAGUAGAUACAUGUGCAGUGUUAUAGCAGCAAAUCCACCAGUAGAAAAAACAAAUAUACAUCUAUAGUAUCAGUCAAAAAUUUAGACAUACCUUCUCAUUCAACCGCUUUUUUAAUUUAAAUUAUUUUCUACAUUGUAGAUUAAUACUGAAAGCAUCAAAACUAUGAAAGAACACAUGGAAUUAUAUUGUAAAGAAAAAAAUGUUAAACACAUUAGAAUAUGUUUUAUAUUUUAGAUCUUUAACGUAGCCCCCUUUUGCUUUGAUGACAGUUUUGCACACUCUUGGCAUUCUCACAGUCAGCUUCAUGAAGUUGUCUCCUGGAAUGGUUUUGAAUUAACAGGUGAGCCUUGUCAAGAGUCAUUUUGUGGAAUUAUUUGCCUUCUAACAUGCUUGAGCUGAGAAAAAAAUUUCACUGUUACUCUUUUUAUUAACUUGAAUUUUUUUGUGUGUUUUUUCUUGAUCAUCCAUCAUAAUAGAUUCACACCUGUGCUACCUGUGCUUCCUGGCUGUCAAGAUGACCCUAAAAUUCGUGAAUACUGGAGUCCAAUCCAAUACUUUUCACAGUACAUUGAUGACAAAAUCUUUGAGGAUCUGGCAGCUUUUACAAAUCAAAGACAGCUGCAAACUACAGGAGUGUUACUGAAUACUACUGCCCAAGAAGUCAAGGUUUUCUUUGGCAUAACAGUACACAUGGCCUGUCUUGGCUAUCCCAGAGUCAAAAUGUUCUGGGCUAAAAAGACUAAAGUGCCAGUUAUUAGCAGGAGAAUGACAAGGGAUAGGUUCUACAAGCUGAGGAGCUCACUCAAGAUUGUCAAUGACCUGGAUGUAACUGAAGAGGCAAAAGAGUCAGACAUUCUUUGGAGAGUAAGACCAUUGCUUGACUGUGUGAGGCAAGGUUGUCUCAGCCUUCCAAGGAGUGACAAGGUGUGCGUUGACGAGCAAAUCAUCCCGUUCACAGGCCGCUGCCCAGUCAGGCAAUAUGUCCCAGAAAAGCCAAACCCGACUGGCCUAAAGGUUUUUGUGCUUGCCUCUCCUAACGGUCUGGUCCUGGAUUUCGAAGUCUAUCGGGGCAAGAACACAUUCAGGGGCCAAAGACUGGGAGUUGGAGCUGCAGCAGUCUUGCGAAUGGUCGAGUCAGUUCCUACAGGAACUUAUGUGUUCUUUGAUCGAUAUUUUACAACGAUCAGUCUCAUGGACGCUUUGCUAUCAAAGGGUCUUCCAGCAACUGGAACCAUUAUGAAGAACAGGGUUCCAAAGCAAUGCCAGCUGCCAGGAGAUAAGCAGCUGAGAAAAGAAGGGAGAGGGGCUUCGGUGACGUUGGUCCGGAGGGGACCUGAACUGGCAGUGACUAAAUGGUUUGACAAUAAACCACUUCUCAUGGCAUCCACUGUCUUUGGGAAAGAUCCAGAUGAUAUCUAUAGCAGAUGGUCCAACAAAGACAAAAGUCAUGUCCAGGUGAGACGGCCAGCAGUAAUCAGGGAAUAUAAUGACGACAUGGGUGGCGUAGACCUCUGUGACCGAAUGCUAAGCUUUUACCACAUGUCAACCAGGACCAAGAAGUGGACAUCACGUGUGAUGACACAUUUUUUUGAUGUUGCCAUCACAAGUGCUUGGAUCCAGUACAAGUCUGACAGCAAAACGCUGAAUCGACCAGCUAAGAACACAAAGCAGUACCUGGACUUCAAAUUGCACCUGGCUGAAGAGCUACUGGAUAGUCUUUCAUUUGAUGACAGCAGUGAAGACAGUGAGGAAGAGUAUCAGCCACCAACCAAAAUGAGGAUCCCACAACCAGAGCCAUCUGUACGCAAGCUAGGAGCCAGGGACAUGCCAGAGAUGAUGGAUAUCAAACAUGCAGAAAGAUGCAGGAACAAGGGCUGCAAUGGCAAGACAUACAUCAGGUGCACCAAAUGCAAGAUGCUCCUCUGCAUAACCAAAAAGAAAACUUGCUUCCAGGAUUAUCACAGUUAAAAUUUCCAGAGAAAGAAAAAAAGCAGAACUACUUAUGUUCUAUGUCUCGUAGUUCACUGUUGAACAUAAUACAUGUUUUACAUUACGUUGUAAUGUAUUAUUACAUACAUUUUGUCCUUGCAAGCAACAAGUCAUAGAAGAGUGAGACAAAAUUUUAUUGUUUUUGUUCAAAUUGAAUGUGUUCUUGGGUGAAUAUCAUUGUAAAGAUAUAAUAUGCUCCUUUUUUUCUCAUUUUCUACAUUCAGUUCUA